AUGGCGGGACCAGGGGGCGAGGGGGACCUGCGGCACCUGCUGAAGCUGCACCGCACCGAGAUCGCCAUGGCGGUGGACGACGUCUUCCCGCUGCUGCACGGCCUGGCCGACCACGACGUUGUCCCUGAGCACGUCUUCAAGGAGACGCUGAGCCGGACGGAACGGGAGGGCUCCCACCGAGCUUUCCACGCGCUGCUCACCUGGCUGCUGGGCCGCGACGCUGCCGCCGUCCGCGACUUCUGGGCUGUCCUCUUCAAGGACUACAACCUGGAGCGGUACACCCGGCUCCGGCCCCUCCGCGGCACCUUCCCCAGAGAGGUGGAGCUGGGGCGGCAGCGUCGCAGCAGGCGCCUCUCCCCCAGCCCCACGGCGCCAGCCCCGCACAGACCCCAAGGCAAGAGGAAAGCCCCCGAGGAGCGGGAUGGAGCCCGAGCAGUGCAGCCCUCCCCACGGCACACCGCCAGCCCUGGGCCUCUGGCAAAGGCGAGGACCGUGAAGAAGCCGGAGGGUGCGGAUGCCACCCGCACCGCACGUGCUGGCGGCAGCUCCAAGAUGGGCAGCAAAGCCGGGGACGAGCCGUACGCCCCGGCCGCCUGCGAGGACUCCCCCUAACCCCUCUUGUCUCGUCCGCAGAGCGGGGAGCCCCGACUGCAUCCCCAGGGCCGGCUGCCGGCACCCACCGUGCACAGCCAGGACCCCGCGCCCCACCAGGAGAAUGAGGACGAGUGCGCGGCGUGCGGUGACGGCGGUGAGCUCAUCUGCUGCGACGGCUGCCCCAGGGCCUUCCACCUUGCCUGUCUGGUGCCACCGCUGCCCCGCGUCCCCAGUGGGAUGUGGCGGUGCGGCUCCUGCGUGGCGAGCGCGGACGAGCCGGGCCGGCUGCGGGAGGCCGACAUGGCUGCAGAGCGACCCGCCGAGAUCCCGGGGGAGGAGGCGUGCAGCACCCAGAGGGGUGGAGGUGAAGGAGGCAUCUGCGGCCGCUGCUUCACCCGGAUCCCUGUACCCCGACACUGCCCUGCAGCCGGUGGGGACCCCAGGGGGCUGUUGCUCUGCACGUCCUGCGCGGGCACCCCGGACACGGGCAGCCUGGAGAGCGCUGCAGCGGCCAGCGACCACCCGCUACAGGCAGCAAAGAGAGCAGGCAGGAGAGCUGGCAGGACAUGUCCGUGUCUCCUUCCGCAGGCAGAGGACGGCUCCCUCGGCGGUGACCCUGCGCUGAGCAGGGACGAGCUCGACGCGCUCCUGGGUGAGGGCACCUGGGACGGGAUCCUGCAGUGGGCGUUCCAGAGCAUGGCACGGCCCCUCGCAGACACCCACGGGCUCUUGGCCUAG